AACGAAUUGGUUAAGUGUAUAAAUGGUAUGUUACAAUGAGUGUUCUGCCGCUUAUAUCGCUAUGGAUAUUCUCUUUUUGUCAAGGAAUGCAAGCCAGUAUACAUUUGUGGGCAUCUGAAGUAACUAAGUUUUCCUCACAGUACAACACUGGAAGUUACUCUGCAAAGCAAGUGUUGGGGACACCCAACGUCUAUCCUCGGUAUGGCGACAUUCCUGGCACUUGGACACAGGCUCGUAGUCAACUAGACAGGGUCCAUUUCAUAGAGGUUAAAUUUCCAAGGAAACUCUUUCUUUCUAAAGUGAACAUCUACGAAACAUUCCAUGGCGGGGCAGUCGUAAAAAUUUCUGCAAAAAACAAAGAAAACCAAUGGGUGGAUAUAUUCAAUAUCACUCAUGCUCAUGUCAUAAGGAAAUCAAGAAAGUUUUCUCCACAAAUAAAACGAACCAUGUUCCCAGUAGACGAGCUGAGAAUCGAAGUGGAUUGUUCGGCGUCCAGACGUUACGUAGAAAUCGAUGCCAUUGAGAUAGUUGGGGAUAGAUGCCCUUCAUCAUUUUCCCAGUACCAGAAUUCUUGUUACUUGAUAAAGAACAAUAUUGUAUCCGGAGAUGAAGCGUUUGCUAGAUGUCUUCAGAUUGGUGGAUACCUGGCUAAUUUUGAAACACUAGAAGAGACCAUGCUAAUGAAGGACACUUUAUUUAAAAUAAAGACGGGAAUUUCGUACUUUGUUGGUGGAAGGAACAUAAAUAGAAGAAAACCAGGAGGAGAUUGGAGGUGGAUCAAACACGGAACUAUGACAAAAAUGAAGUAUUUUGCUUUUGGAGGAGGACAACCAGGCGGAACAGAUCGAUCUCCACAAGACUGCAUGUUGGUUUAUGUAAGAGAUGGGUACGCAUUCCAUGACACUUUCUGCGGAAAAAAGCUUGGAGGAUAUAUUUGUGAAAUUGAAAUGGCAUACUAAAAUCAGAAAUAAAGUAAACUAAAUUGCAAAAUACACAUUCAAGAUUGUUUAAUUAUAUUAUAAUUAUUGUUUAAAAGUAAUUGCAAAGCGCACUUAAUUGUAGUCUAGUUGACUGAUGUCGUGUGUAUUU